UGAAACACAGUGUGAGACUUGUUUCUGAAAUUUCCUUCUUCUCCUGAAAAUUGUGAAGAUAUCCAGAAGAACUAAUCCUUGCGAGGUGUUCAAGAAUCAUAUUGACUCCUUCAAACCAUCUUCAUGGAAGAAGAAAGAGGAAGCAUUUACGAGGAGAUGCCUUGUUUCGAUGCCAACACUCCGGCAUCAGUCACGGCGGAGAGCAGCUUCUCUCAAGUCCAACCACCGCAAAUUCUGGUAGCCGGAAGCACAAGCAACAGCAACUGCAGUCUUGAUGUGGAAGAGUUCCAUCUCAGCCCACAAGACUGUCCUCAAGCCUCUUCAACACCACUUCAAUUUCACAUCAGCCCUCUUCCUCCCCCUCCUCGUGAUAACACUCAAUUCAAUCUGAUUCACCAGAUGUCUCAUAAUCAACAACAACAACAACACUCUAACUGGGGCAAUGGGUAUCAAGAUUUCAACAACAUGUGUCCUAACUCCACAACAACUCCUGACUUGCUUAGUCUCUUACACUUGCCUAGAUGCUCCCUUCCUCUUCCCAACUCAUCGAUCUCCUUCUCUGACAUCAUGUCUUCUUCCUCUGCUGCUGCUGUCAUGUACGACCCUCUCUUCCAUCUCAACUUCCCUCUUCAGAGUCGAGACAACAACCAGCUACCAAAUGGUUCUUGUUUACUAGGAGUUGAAGAACAGAUUCAGAUGGAUGCUAACGGAGGAGGGAUCAACAUGAUGUAUUACGAACCAGAACACAACAAUAAUACUGGGUUUGAGAGUGGAGCUUUCGAGUUUGGUAAUGGUGGUAAUAACCGUAGAGGAAGAGGUUCGGGAAAGUCAAGAACUUUCCCUACAGAACGUGAGAGAAGAGUUCACUUCAAUGAUCGCUUCUUUGACCUCAAGAACCUCAUUCCAAAUCCCACAAAGAGUGAUAGAGCAUCAAUCGUUGGAGAGGCAAUAGAUUACAUCAAAGAGCUUUUAAGGACAAUAGAGGAAUUUAAGAUGCUUGUGGAGAAGAAAAAGUUUGGGAAGUUCAGGAGCAAGAAGAAACCUAAAACUUGUGGAGAAGAAGACCUAGAACAAGAACAAGAAGGAGACAAUGUGAGUUACAGACCACAGAGUGAAGUAGACCAAUCUUGUUUCAACAUGAAGAACAAAAACAAGUCACUGAGAUGUUCUUGGCUGAAGAGGAAGUCGAAAGUCACUGAGGUUGAUGUACGCAUCAUAGAUGAUGAAGUGACCAUCAAGGUUGUUCAGAAGAAGAAGAUUAACUGUUUGUUGUUUACGACUAAAGUUCUUGAUCAGCUUAAGCUAGAUCUUCACCAUGUUGCAGGAGGACAGAUUGGUGAGCACUACAGCUUCUUGUUCAACACUAAGAUUUGUGAAGAAUCUUGUGUGUAUGCGAGUGGAAUUGCAGACACAGUGAUGGAAGUUGUGGAGAAACAGUACAUGGAAGCGGUUCCUACCAACGGCUACUGAGAGACAAACAGUGGUGUCUGAUUGCCUUUUAAUCACUGUGUUUACUUACAUCCUAAUGACUGAUUAGGUUUUAAUCACUUUGGUAAUUUUCCAGUUAUAUUAGCUUUUUAUCUGGAUUUUGUCUAACUCUAUUAUCUUUCUAGCUUUAUGGAUUUCGUUUUU